UUACAAAAUCACACACGGAUUUCAGAAUUUCUUCUUCUAGGUCUUUUAGAGGACCCAGAAUUGCAGCCCCUUAUAUUCGGACUGUUCCUGUUCAUGUACCUGGCCACUGUGCUUGGAAACCUGCUCAUCAUCCUGGCCACAAUCUCAGACUCCCACCUGCACACACCCAUGUACUUCUUCCUCUCUAACCUGUCCUUCGUGGACAUCAGCUUCACCUCCACCACCAUCCCAAAGAUGCUGCUGAAUCUCCAGACACAGAACAAAGCUAUUAGCUAUGAAGGCUGUAUCACACAGAUGUACUUUUUCUUGCUUUUUGUGGGGAUGGACAAUUUCCUCCUGGCUGUAAUGGCCUAUGACCGCUUUGUGGCCAUCUGUCAACCACUGCACUACACAGUCAUCAUGAAGUUCCAGCUCUGUGGGUUGCUGGUGCUGGUGUCCUGGAUCACAAGUGUCCUGAAUUCCCUGAUCCAAAGCCUCAUGCUAUUGCAGCUGUCCUUCUGCACAGAUGUGGAAAUCCCACACUUUUUCUGUGAACCUGAUCACUUGGUUCACAUUGCCUGUUCCGACACUUUUCUUAAUAAUAUAGUGAUGAAUUUGAUAGCUGGAAUUCUGGGUGGUGGUUCUCUCACUGGCAUACUUUAUUCUUACUCCAAGAUAGUUUCCUCCACCCAUAAAAUCGCUUCAGCUCAGGGGAAGUACAAAGCAUUCUCCACUUGUGCAUCUCAUCUGUCAGUUGUCCUCUUAUUUUAUUGUACAAUCCUUGGAGUGUACCUCAGCUCUAUUGUGACCCAAAACUCACACUCAACAGCAAGAGCCUCAGUGAUGUACAGUGUGGUCACCCCCAUGCUGAAUCCCUUCAUCUACAGUCUGAGGAAUAAGGACAUGGCAAGGGCCCUUAAACGACUCUUUAGGGAAGUAACCCUGUUUUGA